UGAGGAAACCUGUUCUUGUGGGCAUCCACUGAGGUGACGAUGGGACUCCAUUUGCCCCUGCAAGGAUUAGCAGGGCUGCUCCUGCUCUCUGCCCUGCCCUGGGCUCAGGGUGGGAAGGUUCUGGUGGUUCCCGCAGAUGGCAGUCACUGGCUGAGCAUGCGGGAUGUUGUGAGGGAACUUCAUGCCCGAGGUCAUCAGUCUGUGGUCCUGGCUCCAGAGGUGACCAUGCACAUCAAAGGAGAGGACUUCUUCACCCUCAAAACCUAUGCAGCUCCACAUACAAGACAAGAAUUUAACCAACAAAUGAUGAGAAACCUUAAAGUGGUCUUUGACACAGGAAACAAUGUGGAGACAUUCUUUAAAUCCUCCGAGGCUUUGAAAAACAUAUCGGCAGUUCUCUUAAAGACUUGUACAAAUCUAUUGCACAACGAGCCCCUGCUCCGGCAUCUGAACUCAAGUUCCUUUGAUGUAGUCUUAACAGAUCCUGUGGUUCCGUGUGGGGCAGUGUUGGCUAAGUACUUGGGCAUUCCUGCUGUGUUCUUUCUACGAUACAUUCCCUGUAGCAUAGACUAUGAGGCCACACAAUGUCCAAACCCUUCCUCAUAUAUUCCAAACCUACUCACAAUGCUUUCCGACCACAUGAGCUUCCUGCAAAGGGUCAAGAACAUGUUGUACCCUCUGACCUUGAAGUACAUUUGCCAUUUCUCAUUCACUCCCUAUGAAAGCCUCGCCUCUGAGCUUUUGGAGAGAGAAGUGUCGUUAGUGGAGGUUCUCAGCCAUGCAUCGGUGUGGCUGUUCCGAGGGGACUUUGUGUUCGACUACCCCAGGCCCAUCAUGCCUAACAUGGUCUUCAUUGGGGGCAUAAACUGUGUCAUGAAGAAGCCCCUCUCUCAGGAAUUUGAAGCCUAUGUCAACGCCUCUGGAGAGCAUGGCAUCGUGGUUUUCUCUUUGGGAUCCAUGGUCUCGGAGAUUCCGGAGAAGAAAGCCAUGGAAAUCGCCGAGGCUUUGGGCAGAAUUCCUCAGACAGUCCUGUGGCGCUAUACCGGAACUAGACCAUCGAAUCUUGCAAAAAACACAAUUCUUGUCAAAUGGCUACCCCAAAAUGAUCUGCUUGGUCAUCCGAAGGCUCGGGCGUUCAUCACACACUCUGGUUCCCAUGGUAUUUAUGAAGGAAUAUGCAAUGGAGUUCCCAUGGUGAUGAUGCCCUUGUUUGGUGAUCAGAUGGACAACGCCAAGCGCAUGGAAACUCGGGGAGCUGGGGUGACCCUGAAUGUCCUUGAAAUGACUGCUGAUGAUUUGGAAAAUGCCCUUAAAACUGUCAUCAAUAACAAGAGCUACAAGGAAAACAUCAUGCGCCUCUCCAGCCUUCACAAGGAUCGUCCUAUAGAGCCUCUGGACCUGGCUGUGUUCUGGGUGGAGUAUGUGAUGAGGCACAAGGGGGCACCGCACCUGCGCCCAGCUGCCCAUGACCUCACCUGGUAUCAGUACCACUCCUUGGAUGUGAUUGGCUUCCUCCUGGCCAUUGUGUUGACAGUGGUCUUCAUUGUCUUUAAAUGUUGUGCCUAUGGCUUCCGGAAAUGCUUUGGGGGAAAGGGGAAAGUGAAGAAAUCACACAAGUCCAAGACCCAUUGAGAAGUGGUGGGAAGCGAAGGAGACGUAUUAGUGCAUUAUCCAAUCAGUUGAAACUUGAAAAUGAAUGUUUAUCCACGUUGUUUUUAUUAGGGAAAUAAUUCGCCAUACAUCACACACCCAGAACAUUUUUUUAAAAAUAAAAACAAUCUAAUUGCUGACCACACCCAUCAGGGAAGGUACUGGAAUAUGUGAUCUGCUUCUCCAGUAUCUUCAGUCUGGAUAAUCCUUUCCAUCUGUUGGUAACUUACAGAAAGUUUGGCACUCUGCCUUCAGUGACAGCCCCUCAGUUUCCCCUGCUUCGGUCAGCUGAUGGCUUCCUUCCCUGUUCUCAGACUGUUGUGACCUUCACCACUGUUAGCCAUUCCUCAUUGUGCUCAUGCAUUGUGGGUGGCAUGGCCUUUGUAGCUGUGGGAGAAAAAGAUGAGGCUCUGACACUGGUGACCUUGUGUUUGAGAUAAUAAUCACUGCUGUGUCUGAAUUUGAUAAAAAUUAAAGUAUGUUCUAAGGCAAGCACAUCUUCUGUAGUGUUACCAAACCAAGAAUUUAUCAAUAAAUUCAUAUAAAUUGUA